ACUUUAACGGAAGCAAUCACAUGAGAGUUGUGAGCAGCUUUGAAGGAGCGGUGCAAUGGCAGGGUUUUGAAUCGGAGAGUCACCAAUGAUAAUGGAGGAAGAAAGAGAGAGACACACGUGCUUGAAGCUCCUCAUUCCGAGAAAUAGUCAUAGCAACGUUGAUGCUGAACCCAUUUUCGUGAAGGGUACUUGGUUUCCCACCCACUUCCACCUUGCCAUCACCGAUGGCCUCGCUGCUUGGUACUGCCGCGCUUCGGAGGAGGAGGUGAAGCAGCGUGCUUCUCAGUGGGACCAACCAGUUUCAGAGUAUUUGCACUUGUCUGAGCGCUAUUUGGAACUUCACCAACCUGGUUCUGUAUAUGCCUUUGAUGAUGCUGGUGAUGGCCAUAAGAGGUUGUCGUGGACGUUUGAGAAAGAAGGAGUGCCUCUGCUUUGGAGAUGGAAAUGCUUGCUGUCUCCUAAUUGUAAGGAAACUACUGCACAGAUAUUGGACUUUCUCAUGGAUUCAAACAUAAAGUUAAAUUUUCUGGGGGUCUUAAAUUCUAAGAAAUCCAAACUAAGAGAGCUUCGAGAUAAGCUGUCAAAACAAGAGAAUGCUGAGAAAUCUCCUCAAGAGGAAGACACAGAAAAAACGGAGAGUUUUGAUGAAGAAAGUGAUAAUGAUAAAAGUGAUGAAGAUCCUCAAAAAGAUAUUACUAGUUCUACAAAGGAUGUUAUGGCAAAUAAGCCUUCUCGUCGCAAGAGAACUAGACACACAUGAUAUAUAAUUUGCAACAGUCAAGAGUUGAUUUCCGUCUUGGAUUUGGCUUCUUUACAAAAAUUAGUUAACUAUGAUGAACAUCAUACCCCCGUGUUAUCCAAUACCCAUGCCUCAAUUCAUAUAGAAGAACAGUAGAAAUCUUUUGUAUGUUCUUUUGUACAGGUUUUUAUGUACUUCUCAGAUUCUAUGUAGAGUGGCAACUACAAACACGGGCUUUUCAGAGUUGUAAGCCAAAACUGUUGCAUGGCCACUGCUCACUAAGCUUCCCACACUAAGAACAGGACAUGUUUGGUUUAGCCUUUUAUUAUUAAAAUGAAACUGUUUUUUAC